AGUGUCGCAAGCCAGUCGCCGUGUCGAUGGGCCUCUUCGACAUGUUCAAGAAAGACGAGGAUGAGGAUGAUCCCUUCUGGAUGAAGAGAGACUUUCGUCCCACCUCGCGUCAAGACGGAACGUGGGAGCAGUACCAGGACCCGGCGACGGGCGACAAGUACUACUUCAACACGGCGACUCAAGAGACGAUAUGGGAGGAAGAGUAUCAGGCCAGAUACGCUCCCAAACCCCAGCCGACCCUCACCAAGCCCAAGCCUUCCAUGACAGAAACCAUCGACCGGCCCACCUUUGGCCUCCCGCUCUGGAUGCAGAACAAGGCCAAGUCAGAUGCGUCACGUGCCAACGAGCAGCAGAUGGCUGCCGGCACCCUCGAUGCGCAGCGGCUGACGGUGACGUGGCGAGCAGGCGGGGGAUCGAACAUGCAGCGAGGAGGCUUCGGGUAUGUGUUCAUCGGGACCUACGACACUCGGACAAACCCAGACGCGGCGAGGAAGGACAUCAAGGUGGUGGUCAAGCUGCCCAACACUGACCCCGACUCCAUCCGGGCCUUUCAGGGAGAGACUCUCAUCAACAAGAAGAUCGCCUCCUUCGGGGGCAUCCCCGGCGUCGCCGAUUUCCUGGGCACAGUCGAUCUGACGCCCAUCGAACGGCAGCUGCCGCCUGGGAUCGGGUCGAAGCAGGGGCUCGUGUGGUCGCAGGUGCAAGGCAAGACUCUAGACACGUUCUUCGACCGAGGCGGCGGCAUGUCACCCAUCCUCGCCAGCACCCUCGACGUGCGAGACACGCAGCCAGUGAAGCUCAAGAGCGGAGCUGUGGUGUACCUCAAGAUCAACCUCUGCAAGAAAGUUCUCGGCGAGUCGCUGCUGCCUCUUGCCGUGUUGCAUGACAAGGGGAUCAUCCAUCGAGACCUCAAGCCGCGCAACAUCAUGCUGGUCGAGAACGACAAGCUCUCUCCCUUCCGUAUCAUCGACUUCGGGUCUGCGGUAGAGAAGGGCAAGAAGCCUUUCAUGGAUGACUACACUGAGAUCUAUGCGCCGCCAGAAGCACCAGACCCAGACUUCUUCAAGCCGGAGUCGUACGACAUCUACACCGUCGGCAUCACGGCUCUGAGAGUUCUGAUGCCCUCGCUGGUGGCAGGAGAGAAAGGAAUCCAAACGCUCGGGCUGGUGACCACGCGGGAGAUCCCGUCUUUCAACUACGACCUCCGCGCGUGGUGCGAGAACCGGGCCAACUCUAAGAGUGCAUCCUUCGACCAGCAGGGCCUCAACGCGGAGUGCAAGGCGCUCCUGAACACUCCCGACCUUCUCUCUCUUCUGUCCGACAUGCUGCAGGCCAACGCCAAGGCGAGACCCUCAGCUCGCGAGUGUCUGCAGCGGCUCGGACCCGAGUGGGAGGCGAGAAUGGCAGCGUCCAAGUUCACAGUAGGAGACAACAUCCCGCGACAGUGGAGCGAAGGCGCUCAGUUCGUGAUGGGAGGAGGCUUCUUCCAGAUUGGCGAGAUGUGCGUUGUGCCGAGGUCAGACGGGAGCCUCAAGUUUGGUAUCGUGAAGAACGUCAACCAACGAGCGAACACGUGCGACGUCAUGGUCGAGCAGACUGGAGCGUUUCAGAAAGAUGUCAGCAUGGCGUUGCUUGGCAAGAUGCAACUUUGAUGAUGUUGAAGAGAAGAGGGGAAGAGGAAGAGAUGCGAAUUGUGGGUUUAGCUUCUUGUUAGAUCACAUAAAUCUGGACCAGAUCGCG